AUGCAAUUCUCAAAAGUUUUAAUCCCAGCUGCUUUAGCUGCUUACGUUUCCGCUUCUAACGUCACUGUUACCACUGAUGUUGUUGUCACUGACUACACCACCUACUGUCCAGAACCAACUUCUGUUGUUGUUAACAACAAGACUAUCACCGUUUCUGAAGCCACCACUUUAACCAUCACUGGUCCAUGUACCAUCCCAACCACCUACACUACCAGCAAUGCUGAAACCAGUGCUCCAUCUGUCACUUCUGUUGAAAACGGUGCUGGUAAGGCUGUUGUCGGUGCUGCUGCUGGUGUUGCUGCUAUCGCUGCUGCUCUCUUCUAA